UUACAAGUUUAACUUGUAGUAUCUUUGAUUUAAGAUUCCAAUUAAUUUAGUUACUCCCACUUCUUUUUAGAGGAACUUGUAUUUUACCAACUCCAAUUAUUAGUAGGACUAAGAAGAAUUCUUGAAAAGUUGAAAUUCAAGUUCUUGGCCCGUUGGCCGUUGAUAUUUAAAAUUGUGGUAGCAAAAUGCUAUGCAUGUGUUUAUUUUUUUUAUCUUGUGAAUGUAGUAAAUCAUAUUCAGUGAAUAGUAAGUAAAACGGGAGUAGUUGUCUUUGAAGCCUUAAAAUAUAUUGGCAUACUCUAUAUUGCAGUAUUUGGUAUCUGUGGAAAAAUUAAUUUAGCCAUACCUAUCUAGUAAGAGGUGACAACAAAAAGGCCUUUUUAAGCCUGAGGGAUGGGGCUGACAGGCGGUGAGCGGGGUAGAAUAAAAACUAUAUUUAAACCCGGGGCUGAGGAGGCUCUAUAUGGUCUCCCUUUUCAUGGGUGGUGGGUGGAGAAAAAUACCAUUUAUUUGACCUUCUGGAAUUGGGAUGAAGAGUAGUUUUAAAGACGUUUUUAAAAACCACUUCAUAGAGGGCGGGGUAUCACGCUCACUAGAACUACAAUAUUGAGCUACAUGGAGAAUUGGUUUUGUAGGGCACUUCCAAUUUUUUUUUUUUAAGUUUUAUGUCCUUUUUGCAAGAGAUCUUCAUUUUUAAAAUGCCACUUUCUUCUCUUCAUUUUGCAAGUGGAAAGGGAUUAAUCCUCUAUAUGCUAAUAGUGUAAAGAAUUUUUACACCAGCUCUGUAAUUAAUUAACCUGUUUUAGCAUGUAGCCAUUAGUAAUUUCACUCAUUAUGGACACGUUCCUUUAUUUUUCUUUUAGCUUAUUCGAGUGUAUAGAUGUUGCAACAACUAAUGGUAUGCUUUUGUCCCAAACAAGCUGGGAUCGGCUGUGUGUUAACAGAAGUAAAUUCGAAAAUGUGUUAACAAAAUUAGUAUUGUACUUUAUGCAUGUGCAGGUUCAUGAGACCCGAUCUCAAGCUCACAGAGCAAGUGAAGAGAGGAAGGUGACGAGGAAGCAGAAGGCAGAGAGCAAGAACCAAAAUUUUGCCUCACCUAAAAAGGCAAAAACUGAAGAAAAAGAAGAAGAUGAUAAAGAAGAUACUGGCCAGGAAAAUGAAAUCCGAGCCGAGUUUGAGAAGUUCUGUAAGACUAUAACCGACCAUCUCUCCGUCAAGCAAAUGCGUGAAAUCCUUGAAGCAAAUGGUCAGUAUUCUUCUGGUGACAAUGAUGCUGUUGUUCCUAGAUGUCAAGACAUAAUGUUCUUCGGACCACUAGACAAUUGUCCCAUUUGUGGUGGCAAGUUGGAAUGUGCUGGCGACACUUAUCACUGCGUUGGAGAUUAUAUUGAGUGGUCGAGUUGUGUUUUCAGCACAAUGGAACCACCAAGAAGAGACGAGCCUCUCAAACUCCCUAAAUCUGUUGAAAGUAUUCAAAUCUCUGAUCUGAUCAAGAAACGUGGAGAUCCUAAAAAGAGCCGCCCCCGAAAGGAAAUAUCUGCCCCAAGGAAGCCAUUCGAUGGAAUGAUAAUUUCUCUAGCUGGUCGUCUUGCGCGAAAACAUCAAUACUGGAAAUCGAAAAUCGAGAAAUAUGGUGGAAAAGUGAACAACUCUGUCACUGGGGUGGCUUGCCUAGUAGUUUCGCCAGCUGAGCGGGAUCGUGGUGGCUCAUCUAAAGUAGCUGAAGCUGUGGAGAAAGGUAUACCCGUAGUGAGGGAAGCUUGGUUGAGUGAGAGCGUAGAAAAUGAAGAAGCCCAGCCUAUAGAUGCAUACGGCAUUGCCAGUGACAUUGCUGUAGGGGGUAGAGGUAUUCCUCUUGAUAAGAUGGAUCCAAGUGCAGAGGCACUCAAAACCGUAACAGCCGAGCUUAAAGUGUUCGGAAAAAGAGGGGUACACAAAGACACUAAACUGCAAGAUGAAGGAGCAAGAAUAUUGGAGAAGGAUGGAUUAUUGUAUAAUUGUGCACUGUCUGUUUGCAACCAAAAGAACAUGCUCAAUGACUUUGGUGUUAUGCAACUUAUCAUGUCACCGGAGAAUCGUUUGCAUAUGUAUCACAAAAAGGGAAGACUUGGUGAUAGUCUAAGAGCAGACGACAAGCUAGAGGAGUGGGAAAAUGUCGAUGAUGCAAUUAAGGAGUUCGCUAGGCUCUUUGAAGAGCUGACUGGAAAUGAAUUUGAAUCCUGGGAAAGGGAAAAGAAGAUUCACAAAAAACAUCACAAGUUUUACCCUAUUGACAUCGAUGAUGGAGUGGAAGUAAGGCAUGGAGCACUUGGCCUAAGGCAACUUGGUUUUGCCGCUGCACAUAGUAAGCUUGAUUCGGCGGUAGCAAAUUUAAUGAAAGUCCUUUGUAGUCAGGAGAUAUACAGGUAUGCUUUAAUGGAGCUUGGACAUGAUUCACCAGAAAUUCCUAUGGGGAUGCUUACUGAUUUUCAUUUGAGAAGAUGUGAAGAAGUUCUGCUACACUUCGUAGAGAAAGUAAAAACAAUGAAGGAAACAGGACAUAAAGCAGAGGGUGUCUGGUAUGAGUUCAGUCUAUGGUCCACUCUCAUGCCAUCUACGAGGCCUUUAACAUUCAGGGACUAUGCCGAUCUCGCUGACCAUGCCGCUUCUGCCUAUGAAACUAUUCGGGACAUCAACUUCGCCUCACGUAUCAUAGAAGAUAUGUCUGGAUCUACACUUGAUGAUCCUCUCUUUGAGCGUUAUAAGAAGCUCCACUGUUCAGUUACUCCCUUGGACAAAGUAUCAGAUGACUACAAAAUGAUAGUCAAGUACUUGGAGAAAACUUACGAGCCAGUCGAAGUUGGAGAUAUUAGGUAUGGAGUAUCAGUAGAGAAUAUAUUUGCUGUUGAAGUUAGUGCUUGCCCUUCCCUUGAUGAGAUCAAGAAAUUGCAAAACAAGGUUCUUCUCUGGUGCGGUACAAGGAGUUCAAAUCUUUUGAGGCACUUGCAGAAAGGCUUCUUUCCUUCAGUUUGUUCACUUCCUGUGUCGGGGUACAUGUUUGGAAGAUCUAUUGUUUGCUCGGAUGCUGCAGCAGAAGCAGCAAGAUAUGGUUUCACAGCAAUAGACAGGCCAGAAGGCUUCUUGGUAUUAGCAGUUGCUUCACUAGGAGAAGAAAUUAAGGAGUUUUCGAGUCUUCCCGAGUAAGAUACACGAGCUUUGGAAGAGAAGAAAAUUGGAGUAAAAGGACUUGGAAGGAAGAAAACUGAUGAGAAAGAGCAUUUUUUCUGGAAGGAUGAUAUUAAAGUACCUUGCGGUAAACUGAUUCAAUCAGAGCACAAGGAUAGCAUCCUCGAGUAUAACGAAUAUGCUGUCUAUGAUCCACAACAGGUGAGCAUAAGGUACUUGGUGGCGAUAAAAUUCGACGAGCAGGGUGUAGCAUAUGAUACAGCUGAGCCAGAGCAAUAGUGGAAAAUGGACCAGAGAAUUGUUGUACAUGCUGUAUUUUGCCCCUCUUCUUCUGUAUUUGCAAUGGACUUGAGUAGUUUUUGCUGGUGCAAGGUAGGCAAUGACUUUAUGUUGCUGAAUGUUAGUCUGUCCCUUUUCUUCUAUAAAUUAAUGCCUACAACUACGAUCUCGGUAGCGUUGUUUCGAGUAUGAAUACGUCAUGUAUCAUACAUGUUGUCUCUCUGCUCUGAAAUAGUCCUUUCAUUUCCCAGCUCAUUCGACAUUGUUAUAGUGGUUGCUGCUAUAUUUAUGCAUGUUUGUUCAAGCUCAGUUCGAAUGCUGUCUUGAGAUUUUUCAUUCAGACAUUCAAUGUACAAAUUGAGAUUAGAGUUCUGGAACUUCUGUUGCCGACCUUGAUGUGCAUAAGGAUUAGCUGUAGUGUACUCCCUCCGUUCCUAAAUUUAGUGCUAUGCUAUUUUUGCCUUUUAAUUUUGUUCCUAAGUAAGUGUUUGUUUAAGGAAUAAAUUGGUCAUGUCAUUUCAAAUUUGCCCUUGUGUAGAUAAAAUGUCAUCAAUGUCAACUUGGAAAGAGAGAAUUUAAUUAGGGGUAAGUUGAUAAAGUUAUUUUUUACUGUUAGGAAGUUACUAAUUUGUUUAAAGAGUGAGUUCAACCCAAAAGGAGAAGAGGACUGAUGUAUGUAGGAAUGGAGGGAGUAAUGAUUAGUAAUGUAUAAAUUGUGAUUCAAGACAGAUAUUAUAAUCCCAAGAUUAAUAAUAAUAUAUGGAUUACUUGUUA